CCGAUAUUCAAAUAUCAAGAAAUAAAAAAAUAAUUAAGUUGGAGUCAAUGUAAACCGGGAAACCGGAGAAUCCUUCCUCCAUUCGAUUUAUCAGCUGGUGGGAUCACGUGUUGGAGGGAGAUGCAGGUCGGUGAAGAGGCUUGCGCCCAGCUUGAGGAUGGACUGCUCUUUUGCGAGGAAUGCCGGCUCUAUUUUCGAGAUUCCUGCCCACACCACGGAGCGCCAACGUUUGUGUCGGACAGGAUGGUACCGGAACGGAUGCCCUCCCGGGCGCUGCUCACCCUGCCGGAGGGCCUGGCCAUCAAAGAACGGCCUCAGGGGGGCCUCGGAGUUUGGUGCACACUUCCCGCCAUCCUGCGGGGAUGUAUAUUCGGGCCGUUCGAUGGGGACAUCCUGACGGACAAGAACGAUUGCACUGUGUACUCUUGGGCUUUACGAGAAAAUGGAACCUAUUAUUAUGUGGAUGCUACUGAUGAGUCAAAGGCCAACUGGAUGAGAUACGUGGCUUGUGCUUCAAGCGAAGAGGAGCACAAUCUGACUGUCUUCCAGUACCGCAGUAAGAUCUACUACCGGGUGUGCCAGGUAAUCGAGGCUGGAGCAGAGCUCCUGGUGUGGAUCGGAGAAGAAUAUGCCAGGACACUUGGGCUGAAACUGGGUGAACAUUUUAAGUACGAGUUUGGCGAGAAAGAGUUGUUGAUGAAGUUAUUUCAGGAUCUCCAAACCAAAGUUCCCAAGGAGCUAUCAGGCCACGCUAACCCCCACGACCAGCAUAACUGCAGGGACUUGGUAGCUUCCAUCAUCCAAGCCCACAAGGCUAGCCUCCAGGCUAGCAGCAUCUGCCACGUGAACAGGGAGGGCCCGGGAGGCUUGCUGGAAGGCACGCAGAACCUGGUGAGCCUGGGGCGAGCGCAGAGCCGCUAUUGGACCUUCUUCGGUUUCCAGGGAGACGCCUUGGGCCGCAUCCUGGACAAGACCAAGAUCAUCUGUAAGCUGUGCGGGGUCCGGUUGUCCUACAGCGGCAACACCACCAACCUGAGGCAGCACCUGAUCUACAAGCACAGGCAUGAGUACAACGAGCUGGUGGGAGCUACCUCUGCACCGCCGAAGGGGACGGAGCCGUACCCGCAGGACUUCCUGCCCAGGACCACCGUGGCGGCGGCGGCCCCCAUUGGGAGAACCACCAGGGCGAUCUCGGAGUUCAUUGUGACUGACCUGCUGCCCCUGAAGACCAUUGAGGGGGAGGGCUUUGUCCGGAUGAUGAGUGUGCUGGAGCCCACCUACAAGAUCCCCAGUGUGGCCUUCUUUGCUCAGGCAGUGCUCCAGGACAUGCACACUCAGGCCAAGCUGAGGCUGAUGGACUCCCUGAAGCAGCAGCAGCACUGUGCCAUCAGCAUCGACCUCUGGAAGCACGAGCACAGCCGCUCCUACGUCACGGUCACCGCCCACCACGUGGACGGCACUUUUGACUUCAAGCACUGGGUGCUCUCCACCCGUCCCGUCGCUGAGGAAGCCACGGUGGAGAACGUCAGGGCCGCCCUGUCGGAUAUUGCCAGCGAGUGGGGCAUCAGAGAGCGUGCCUGGUUCUCCGUCAUGGCCGGUGAUGUGGACGUCAGGGUGGCUGCCUCCAAGCUGGGCUGGAAGACCCUGCCCUGCAUCGGACACGCGCUGCAGAACUGUGUCGAGGCGGCCCUGCAGCAGCCCUGCAUCCUCCGUGUGCUGACCCGCUGCAAGCGGCUGGUGGAGAGCGUGUCCACCAACCCAGCGCUGAGUGACAAGCUGGGCUUCGGCAAGCCCUUCCUCAGAUUCCAGUCCAGGGCAUUCCCCAGCGGCAGCACCGAGUGGUACAGCACCUACGGGGUGCUGCAGAGUCUGCAGGACCACCGCCUGUCUCUGGACAGCCUGAGUGAGAGCCAGGGCCAGGGUCUGAGGCCGGAUGACUGGCAGGUGGUGCAAGACAUCGUGGACAUCCUGAAGCCCCUGGCCAUCGCCACAUCCACCUUUGCCAAGGAGCGCUUCUCCAGCCUGUCGCUGGUCAAGCCCGUGGUCACCAGCCUGGUCCACAAGCACCUGGCGGCCAGCGAGAGCGACUCUGAGCUGGCCCGGGAAGUGAAGCAGGCCAUCCGUGCUGACCUUGACCGGUGGUACUCUGACCCGCAGGUCAACCAGGUCCUCAACCUGGCCUGCGCGCUGGACCCCCGCUUCCGGGGCUUGGACUUCCUCGGCCAGGCAGAGAGGGUGGAGACCCUUCACGCCCUUGGGCGUGAGGCAGCACAGCUGGCCCACCGCCAGCCCCGGCUGGGAGCCCGCCUCGGCCCCGAGGGUUCUGCCUCCGGGCCCGCCCCGCCCAAGAAGGCGCGGCCCGACACAGGCAUCGAGUUCCUCCUGGGCGACCUGUGCAGCGUGAGGAGUGCCUCGGGCAACUCGGUCAGCCAGCAGGCUGAGCAGGAGAUCGCCAGCUUCCAGACGGCUGAGGCUUCCUCCCUCUGCCAGGACCCCCUGCAGUGGUGGAAGACCCACCACACCCAGUACCCGCUGCUCGCCACCGCUGCCCGCAAGCUGUUGGCCGUGCCGGCUACCGUGGUGCCCGGCAGCUGGAUCUUCACCGAAGCCGGACAGGGCAUUUAUAGCAAGCGUUCAGCCCUUGCCCCGGAACACGUGGACAUGCUGGUGUUCAUGCACGGAAAUCACAAAGCUGCUUAGACCUCAGGGAGAAGUACGUCACUGGCUGUGCUUCCUCGGCGGGCGGGGGGAGGGGUCUCUGCCGGUUGGGUCCAGGUGGUUGGAGGCAGUGUUGGAGAAGCGCUCUCCAUCUUCGCCUGCUGCACAGCUGAGAAUGCGACACCAGGACUGCGCAGUUCCAGCCAUCCCAGACCAACUUGCCGGUCUGUCACGUGGCUCUUGGUCUGUACCAGCGGCAGUGGCUCCAACUGCGUUCAGUCUGUCUGCCAGCCUGCAUUGGUUCGCCCGAGUGCUGCAUGUAGUCCUGCGUUUCCCCAUGCACAUCAGUAUCCAGGUCUUCACGCAGCUCGUAAACUGUUCUAUCCGUAAUGUCAUGGAGAAUUACAGCAUGGAAACAGGCCCUUCAGCCCACCGUGUCUGUGCCAACCAUCAACUGCCCAUUUACACUAUCCAAUGUUAUCCUACAAUCCACAAUCCAUGGGAAAUUCCCUUGGUUUUUCCUAAUCCAUUUGACCUGUGCAAACCAUCCUGCGUUUCCUAAUCCAGUACAUCAAUGCUGUCUGUCCUGAUUUUCCCAAUCCAGUCCAGCAAUGCUGUCUGUCCUGCAUUUCCUAAUCAACUACAUCAAUGUUGUCUGUCCUGCAUUUUCUAGUCCAGUACAGCAAUGCUGUCCUAUGUUUUCUAAUCCAGUGCAGCGACGCUGUCUGUCCAGUGUGUCCUAAUCCAGUACAACAACAGUCUGUCCAGCGUUUCCAAUCCAGUGCAGCAAGAGCAACGCUGUCUGCCCUGUGCUUCCACAUCCAGUGCAUCGAUACAUGUUGCAUUACUUCAUCUUUUCCCACUGUUCCUCCUGUGUUCCCUCACCAUUAAUACCAGGGCAGGGCUGUUGACAUUCUUUCCUGCCUUGUCGAUUUUGAAGUGGGCCGGACAUCAUCACAAGUGGGACAGUUUAAUAAAUGAGCCACACUGCCUGGAGGUCACGGUCUCUCUGCCUCUGAAGAUCCCGCCACAGGGCUGCUAAUCAUGUCUGUCGCUUGGCUCAGUAACUGAACCUGGCAUUUAAUUUAUUGUAUUUAUUUAUUUAUAUUACUGAUUAAAUGUAUUUAUGUACAGCAGAUUGAACUCAGAAACACAUUGAUAAGUCAGCCCAGGACAAAGGGUCAGUGCAGAAACAGCACACAGCGUUUAACAAUGUGAACUGUGUAAGCACUGUCAGAAAUAAAAAUGCAGAGAGAUAUUCAACAAGCUUAA